AUGGCAGAUGAUUCGAAUGAACUCCGACCACCUCCCGCUGCUCGUCGUCCAACCGACCAUGAACUCUCCUUUCGUCCAUCUCUAACCCGUAAACCCUCCGAUCUCCUACCUCCUCCUUCAAAAGGUCAAUUCACACCAGAACUCUCUCCGCUCGACGCGUUUGUAUCUCGUGGUCGACAACUUUAUCGCCAGCUUGAACUUGAAGAACGGGAGUUGCAGCGUAGAGGGACGAAUAGUAAAAGUCCCGAUGGCAGUGCCAUUGCUUCUUCGCCAGUUUCUCAAAAUCCCCCGUCUUCUUCAUACGGGCAGCAGGCGCAACAGUACCAAAACCAGCAGCAGCAACAGCAACAGGGAAGGCCAGGCCAGUUUUUACAACAACCGCCGAGCAAGUUUAUUCGCUCUCAUAGCGCGGGAGCAGAACAGCAACUUGGUGUUGGAACUUUGAAUGCUGCUGUCGAACAGUGGGCUAUUGGAAACUCGAAGUCCCAUACUGGAGGUGAUAGGGCUACCCGUUUUUUUACCGGACGACCGGGAACAGGUGGGAACCCUGGUCCCUUCGCAAAUGGGGGGAAAAUACCACAAGUCUCGGUUGGAGGUCCUAUGACAAAUGCUGGUUUUCCAGCUCCUAGAACUGCUCCCCUUCCUGGAGUGCCACAGACCCUGUUUAUUAAGGAACCGGGGUUUAGACCUGUGUCGCAACAUCCGAGAAUUAGUGGGAUCGUGGGAUUGGAAGAUGAGCUAGGGCCACCGAGGACUUCGCAGCAUAUCGUGGUUGAUAGACGGGGGUCGAGCGUCAACCGCUCUACUGCUUCUUCGCCGAGGUCGCCGAGGAUGCCUUUCACGAGUGAUGAUGAUUCAAGCGAUGAUGAAGAAGAAAGGAGGAGAAGGAGGGAUAGCGCUAGGAGACGGGAUUUGGAAAGGAGGAGACCGGUGUCGACUGGGAGGAGGAUGGAUCCGUCGCCGGUAAGGGAGGAAGGGGAAUUGAAUCCUCCAUUGAGUGCUGGUGCGAGAAUUAGUGUUUCAGCGCAAGGCAGUGUGCCACAGAGAAGUUUUUCAGGUGCGGCGCCGUCGCCGAAACCGAUGGACGCAGUGGAACAAGCGAGAAAGGGCAGUCUGGACUCGAAUGCGGCGAGGCAGAGUGGUACACCUACCACGCCGUAUCAAACAAGGGUUUCCACGCCGCCACUUUCGACUUCUCCUGUACAUCUCCAUGAAUCUCCUGGGAAGACGAGGCAGUCGCCAAAUCAUACCAGACAGGGAUCGAAUCUUGCGGCUCCUACAUUACCGGUCGCAUCGACUUCUACGCCGAAUCUGUUGUUACGGUCUGCUGCUUCGGAUCCCCUUGCUCCUAUGCCCCGAACGCCGGGAGAACCAACGAUUAGGGGCCUUGUGAGUGAAGAUGAUUCGUUAUUUCUGCCCCCACAACCAGCUUUUGCGAAAUCUGCGCCAAAUACUCCUCGGCCUUCCAGCGCUAUGAGUGACACAGCCUCGAUUUAUAGCGUUGGUGGCACGAAGCGACUCUUUAACUUUUCUCGUCCAAUGAGUAAAACUGGGUUUUAUAAUGAAGACGGGAACUCUUCCGGAAGGUCACCAUCUGUGGAUUUCCCACGUAAUCCUCGACGAACUGAUAGCCUUGACUACCGUUCCUUUGUUGAAGAGGCCGAGCGAGGCCAUUUCAACCAUACAACGGAAGAAGAAAACUUUGGAGAUAAUACCGAAAUGCGUGGCCCCAGUAGUUUUACACCAAAACACCGAACGACGGGGAGCGGGCUGUCUGGGCGGGCAGGGCCAACCGAGUCUUAUACAUACUCUGCGUUUACGCUUCCUAGGGGGAGAGCUGUUGACCGGUCGAGUAUUAUAUUCUUCGAUGGUGACAAGCAUAAAUUUGAGCCCGGGGAAGGCGAAGCUAGGCAAUCGGAGGAGAAAAAUGCUAGCCCCAGUAGUACUGUUGGGCCGUCACCAUUUGCAGCUAUGAGGGCUAGCCAGGAUAGCCAGCGACCACCGUUGACACCUCAACAACAACCACAGCAACCGCAGCAAAAUUUGGGGAGAUCGCUUUCCUCACAAAGUGCCGAGUCUAAUAUUUCGGCGACUCUACGCCCGAGAACUUCAGGAGCACCAAGGUUAACGCCAGAGGAACACCUUAAUAUCGGUAUUCCCUUGCACGAAAAGGGCAGCUAUGCAGAAUCAACGUACCAUUUCAGAUUAUCGGCUAUGGGUGGUAAUACCACCGGCAUGCUGAUGUACGCGUUAGCUUUACGACACGGAUGGGGAAUGCGAGCAAACCAAGCAGAAGCAUUCACAUGGCUACGUAAAGCAGCAUCAAUAGCACAAGAAGAAAUGGCGUCUGUGGAAAAGGAUCCUACAAAACCAAAGCCAGGCUGGUGGGAGAGUAAGAGUAUGAGGAGCAAAUUUGCGUUGAUGACCUAUGAGCUGGGGAUGGGUUAUACAAAUGGAUGGGGCUGUAGUGAGGAUAAGGGGGUUGGAUUGAGGUACUUUGAGAUUGCAGCAAGCUGGGGGGAUGUUGAUGCGCUUAGCGAGGCGGGGUAUGCUUAUGCCAAUGGGCAAGGGUGUAAGAAGGAUUUGAAAAAGAGUGCGAAGUACUAUAGGAUGGCGGCGGAGAAUGGGGCUAGUAUGGUGGGGAAUAGUUGGAUAUGGAAAGAGAAGUAUGAUGACGAAGAAGAUAAAGGGAAGAAGAAGGGUGGUAAAGAGAAGGAGAAGGAGAAGGAGAAACCGGGAUUGUUGAGUUUCUCAAGGAAGAAGUCUGUUGUAUAA